AGCUGCAUUUUUAACAACCACCAGCAGCGGAUUGCAGUAGUGCACGACGUCCGUCUCUGUUAUCUUUCUGCGAAGUUCGUUCAAAAUGUCAAAAACUCCAAUAUGUCUCAUCAGCUGCUGAAAAUUUUGUUCUGUUAUUUCUUCAAUAUUCGAAACUGAUUUCGUCGAUGCUUUCGUUGGUUGUGAACAGGAGCAGCGAUAUACGAUUUGUUAUGAGAGAGGAGUUAAUAUAGUUCUAUUGAUUCGACAUUUCAACUCGUAGCCUAUAGGGCUUCAUGAAAUAAGAAAGGAUUUGCAGUAUUGUGUUGGUUUGUUUGUUAAAUUAUGGUGAAGGGUAGAGAAGUAGAAAGAAGCCCGAAACUAACUUGCUGGAUUUUUUCGUCCCGCUGCAGGGAAAAGCAAAUUGUGAUCUAGAGCCGCAUAAGUAACAUCUGUAAUAUUGUAAAAUAGUUUCAAAAUAUUGCACAAUUGGAGGGUAAACCGAAAGCACUCAUUUAUUUUGUAUCGUCAAAUGAUAGUGUUUGUUAAAUUCAAUGUUGGUGCAGUAAAAUGUUUGCCAAAGUGACUACUACUUAAUCUAGACAAUCAUCAGAUUUUUGUCGCCGACAAAAAGAAACGUCUGUGUACGGGAUAUUGGUAAUUGGAAUAAACAAAAAAACUGGAAGAAUGCAAGAUGGAACAGACCAUGCGUCAGGGGGAGACGGACAUUCCGCUUCUGGGCGGACCUUUCAGCCAGAUAGCCUGCGGGACAUUUUGGACACAGCGAUUCAAUCAAGCGUUGAUUCUGUUGAAGUACCAGAACUAGACCUAGAGGCGCCUCUUUUUGCUGGAAGUGGUUCACACGAUUACAUGCCCUCCAUGAUGCUUCCUCGAGUGCGUAAUUCCAACUUUUACGACACCGUUCCAUUCUUUCCACCGUCUGCUCACAUCGAGUCGGCACGUACCAAUUAUGGUCUUUUCGGGCCUGCCUCAUAUGGGUACUUUCCCUCCCAUCAUCAUCAUCACCAGCACCAACAUCAUCAUCAUCAUAAUCCCUCGCAGGCUGCUCCAUCGAGUUCACGGUACUCACCGUCUUACUAUCCUGACACCGCCUCCGUUCCGAGGUCGUCUGGAUCGUCCUUCAAUGUGCGUCCACCGGUAGAAACAGAGGCUGGAUUGGGUUUGAACGACGGUACAAAUUCUGCAAUUAGACCACGGUCAUACACGCGACCACCUCGAUCUUCCGAGGAAAUUGGGUCUGGUUGGAACAACCACAGCUUCCACUAUAUGCCGCACUACAUGAAUGGUGGUACUGGGGGUUAUAAUCGAAAACGACAUCAUAACUGUGAUAUGCAUAGUCGGUCAAAAAAACCAUCUCAAGUGGAAGGAGCCCAUGCUCCGCCAACAACCCGACCGGUUGACCAAAGACCAACCAAACCUGGAAAUCUUACAGCACGAACUCGUCCAUUGAUCAAAACUGAACCAACUGAGGCAACUCAAGAAACGGACCGUGUUCAACAUUGUGUUAUUGGGGCUGUUAAGAAAGAAUGUAAGCCAAUGCUGAUAACAAAGACGGAAAAUGUGGAAGAAAGGGCUGCACAUGAGUCGAGUGUAAAUAUCAAAAAGGAAGGGCCGUGUUCUUGCAGCUUUUGUUCGUCAAACCUAGCUGAGGAUAGCAAGCCAUCCAAAAACUGCACUGCUAACUGUCAGAAUCAUUCACAGCAAGUUAAGCAGGAGUUAGACAAUGACGCCCCUCCCAAUGGUACGACAAUAAAGAAAGAAGCAGUGGUCAAGAAGGAGAAUGUGUGUAAGAGUGAGGCUGAAGAGAGCGAAAAAAAUAUACCAUCAAUCACAUCCCCUGAAGAAGAAGAACCCCAGCCAGGACCAAGCGGAUUAAAUCGCCAUCUGCAGGAUCUAAGAGAUGGAGAAAACGAAGGUCGUUUCACCAAGGGUGGAGACCGGCGUAUCAAACGAUACACGCGCUAUGAGUAUAAUGAUUAUGAAAGUGAUGACUCCAGCGAUGAGGACACUGAUGAGGAAUAUGCUUUGAAUGCAAAAAAUAAUUCCAGCAGUGAUAUUGGAAACGAUUGCAAUCUCAGCAGUCUGACCAACGUCGAGGUGGAACCGGUUAAUACGACCGACAUAAUACAAGAAGCCGAGUUGGAUAACACUUUAGAACUCAGUAGCUCCAAACUGCUGGUGUUAAAUUCAAGUUCUAGCAGUGUUGAAGAGGUUAUCAAUCCCAAAGACGAGAAUGAAGAAGCAUCUGGAGGAACCGAAAAACCGGUUCAGUCCAACAAACAAUCUCAGAGCGAAGCUGAUUCAGGACAACAGCGGAAAAGUGAUGUUCUUUCCGCACCAGAUCUGCAACUCGAUUGGGUUACCGAUACGAGUAGCAUUAGCGACGAGAGUGAUGUUGUCUUGAUCGAUCAAUCGCCGGACGACGGGCGGGAGCCGAUCGAUCUUACGAACGAGUCUGACGAGGAAAGCGCUUCGGCCAGAGGGGCGCGCAGUAGGAGUCGAAGUAUGGGGCGUUCGCCAUCGAUGUUCGAACGUAGACCGCAGCAAUAUGUACGCGCAACGAUAUCGCCCUCUGGAAUUGGCGCAAGCGACCGAAGUACAGGAUUUAUGCCUUGUGGAAGUUCCAGCAGGAGAGACGCGUUCCGAACGGGCGAAGAUACGAAUGGACCUAACCCAUACCACCAUUUACAUGCACAUAAUACUUCGCAGCAGCAUUCUACGCCGAAUCCUUCCCAAAGGCAUUUUCGCUCACUUCGCCAAUGGAAUAUGGAUGGCCACGGGUCCUUCAUGCGCAGGAUGAACACUUGGAAUACAGGGGGUCGAGGAGGAACAUCACGGCAAGAUCCGAGCACUAUGCGUCCAACACCGCUGCUUUCGACGACGUAUCCAGCGAUGUGCCAUACAGCAGCAGAACAAUAUCGUCCAUCAAUGGAAACAGGAGUUGGAUCUUCUGGAGUUGUCGAUACCGGAAGCAACAGUAAUGCUGGUGCGGUUAUAGACAACACGAGCAGUGGUAGUUUUAGUCGAGUAAAUCCGUUGAUGUCUUGGCAUAGCACUAGUAAUCUUGGAAGCGGUCAGAUGAACUCUAACAAUACAGGAAAUACCUGUGGAAGACAUGGAUUCCAUCAUACCGGAAACAGUAGUGGGCCAGCUGUUGAUGUAAACGAAGAACGCUUCGGUGGCGUUCAUGGCAUGAUAGAUGCUCCUAUCGAUUACUCCAACAGAUUGGGUCCGAAUGUUGGCGAAUAUGAAGGAACAAGUGGUCGUCCGAUGAGAUUUAGCGAUGAUAACAACAAUCAAUCUGGUUAUGAAUCUGGCCGACAAGCACCAGCCCCCACGAUCAGUGGCCAAAAUGAACCACGGCCCUACCGCAAUUAUGGUUAUACGAAUCGUAGUCGAUAUAUCCACUCAGGUGGUGUUCGUCCACCAUAUGCGGUGCAUGACAAUCUCUGGCAUCGACAACACAAUAUGCAGGAAGUUCACCGACGCACGAUGAUGCUAGGAGAUGUACUGAACGACUACAAUGACCGCGUGUCCCCUCAUCACGGUGCACUGCGGUCCAGGAAUAACAUGAUAAGUUCGUCCUACAACAGUGCUAAUGGAUCGAGUACAGGCCAUUUGGGAGGAGCUGGUGCUGGUGGUGCAGGAUCAAGAGUCGAAUUUUUCGAUGAUAAUAAUACGUAUUGGUCCGAUAGGAAUUACAAUCCACACCCGGCAGGACAUAACUACCAGCAGGAUCUUCGUGUUUAUAACCACAGGCCACGAAGGGUGUCCUAUCAUACAACAGUGUAUCCACCACUUAGGCGAAGCGAUCAUCAGCAUGUACAUCAUCAUAUGUAUCACCACUUCCAGCCUACGGGAAUUCUCACCGAUGCGCCACAGGUGCAUUUCAGCAUAGGGCUACGUCCUAGCCUCCUAUCAAGUUUAAACCGCUUUGUUCGCGUGAUUGAGGAUACUUGCACAAAUCGUGGAGCUACACAGGAAAUGAUCGAACAUAACACGUUCCCGCACAAGUACAAACGGUUGCGCCGUGCCAGCGAAACGGAUGAAGACAGCGAAAAGUGUACUAUUUGUUUGUCCCAGUUCGAGGUUGAUAAUGAUGUCAGGCGUCUCCCGUGUAUGCAUUUAUUCCACAAGGAUUGCGUUGACCAGUGGCUGGUGACGAACAAGCAUUGCCCUAUCUGUCGUGUGGAUAUCGAAGUUCACCUGACCAAAGACUUUAGUAUAUGACAGCUGGAAGAGGAAGGUGGCCACCCUCGGCAAAGAACGCGCGUCGGAAUCAUAGAUAUCGAUGUCGAUAGUCGGCGGUAUCGGUAUUCUUCGCAUCAUAAUACACAGCUACAGCAUCGCCAGCAUCGUGCUCAUUUAGAUCAUCGAUCCGGAGGAGGAGGUAGCGUAUUGUUUUAUUUUUUUCGUUAGACUUGUUGAAAUCAGUGUAAGAGCUGGAAAGGAUUCGAAUAGCAAAUGAAUAAAGUAGAAGAGAAUAUACAGGUCGCUAAAUCUCAUCACAUAGUAGCUCUCUUAGUUCUAGAAAAGUAACUCAAAUCAAUCGUAUUUGAACGAUGCGUUACCCAACGAAUCGUAUACCCAGAUUGAUGAUUGUUCCGUGAUGAUGAACUGUGCUCUUGAAGUUUUCGUUUGUUAUUUUUCGAUUUAUUUUGAUAAAUCAAAGAAAACAGGAAUGAGAUCAUACUAUAUAUUUUUUGUUUUUGUAAUUAUUUGAGUUUCGUGUACGUAAGAGCAUAUUAUCAAAGCCAGCUGUCAAUAUAUUGAAAGAGAUUUGAUUCUUUAGAAUGAGCAAACAAUAAGCAGAUAUGUUGUUAAACCACAUGUAUGUAAUACUACAAAUAAAGUUUUUUUUCUCGUUAA